AUGGGACCUACAUCCGACAACGGCCUGGCCGGCCGCGUCGCCAUCAUCACCGGCGCAGGCGGCGGCCUCGGCCGCCACUACGCCCUCUUCCUCGCGUCCCAGGGUGUCAAAGUGAUCGUCAAUGACUACGGCGGCUCCCUCGACGGCGUCAAAGGCACUUCUGCCCGCGCAGAGGCCGUUGUGAACGAGAUCAAAGCCGCCGGCGGCGAAGCCACGGCUAAUGGCAGCGACAUCUCGCAGCAGAGCGAAGUAAAGGAAGUCGUGGCUCAGGCUGUGGAGGUGUAUGGACGGGUGGAUAUUCUGGUGAACAACGCGGGGACUUCGGGGCAGAUGAGCUCGCAUGAUGCUGUCAAUGUUGAGAGCUUCCGACGGACGUGGGAGAUUGCGUGUUUAGGCACGGUGUUGCUGAUUAGUGCUGUGUGGCCGAUCAUGGAGAAGCAGGGGUAUGGGCGGAUCGUGAACACGAGUUCGGAUUCGAUCUAUGGGUUUGGAGGUGGUGGGGAUGGGGGGUAUGCGAGUAGUAAGGGAGCGGUGUAUGCGCUAACUAGGGAUCUGGGGAGGUUUAGUACGAAACAUGGGAUCAAGAUCAAUGGGGUGCUGCCGAGCGCGGUGAGCAGGAUGAGUGAUUUGAGUCCGAUCAUCAAGGAUAUCACGCACAAGUACUUCAAGACGGAGGAGGUGGCGACUUUUGUUGGGGCGCUGGCGAGCGAGCAUUGUCCUGUGUCGGGUGAGCUGUUCAGUGCUGGAGGUGGGAGGGCCGCAAGGACGACGCUGGCGACGUUUCCGGGGUAUAAUAGCAGUACGGUCGAAGGGUAUUUGGAGCACUUUGAUGAGGUCAUGGGUGAUGCUGGUGAUUGCUUCAUUCCGAAGGAUACAUUGGAUCAGGUGUCGUAUGCGAUAAAGCAUGCUACGGGCACUGAUGUUGGGAAGAUAGAGAUGGAUUCUGCGAUCUAG